GCGGCGCUUCGGCUUGAAGGAGUCGCAGUGGUGUUAAGGCGGAAGGCCGCUGGGAAGGGCCCGCCCUUAUAGCCUCCUCCCCCCCAACCCCCCGGGUCUGCGGCUCUCUGUCCUAGAUGGACAGGGUGUGCGCCGUGGUCGGAGGCUCCCGGGGCAUCGGUAGGGCGGUGGCCCUCUUGAUGGCCCAGAGAGGCUACCGACUGGCCAUCAUCGCCCGGAAUCUGCAGGGGGCCAAAGCCGCGGCCAGGGAGCUGGGCGGAGGCCAUUUGGCAUUGAGCUGUGAUGUUGCCAAAGAACAUGAUGUUCAAAAUACAUUUGAAGAGAUAGAGAAAAAUUUAGGUCCAGUUAAUUUCUUGGUAAAUGCAGCUGGAAUUAACAGGGAUAAUCUCUUAAUAAGGGCAAAUGCUGAAGAUAUGCUAUCCCAGCUUCACACUAACCUCCUGGGCUCCAUGCUGACGUGUAAAGCUGCUGUGAAGACGAUGCUUAAACAACAGAGAGGGUCCAUUGUGAACGUGGGAAGUGUUGUUGGUUUAAAAGGCAAUUCUGGCCAGUCUGUGUACAGUGCCAGUAAAGGAGGAUUAGUUGGAUUUUCACGUGCUCUUGCUAAAGAAGUAGCAAGAAAGAAAAUUAGAGUGAAUGUAGUUGCACCAGGAUUUGUUCACACAGAUAUGACGAAAGACUUGAAAGAAGAACAUUUAAAGAAAAAUAUCCCUCUUGGGAGGUUUGGAGACCCCCUUGAUGUGGCCCAUGCAGUCGUGUUUCUUUUAGAGUCUCCGUACAUUACAGGGCACGUCCUGAUGGUGGACGGGGGCUUGCAGCUCACCAUGUAGCCCACUCACAUCACUGUUAUGAGAAUCAGAGGUACACUCUGUUAUACCUAAAUUUGCUAAUCAAACCUACUGAUGCUACAAAUGUUGAUUUCCAUCUUCACAGGAAUAUGUCUGUAAAGAACAGUGUGUGACCAGCUGUGUUUUCUAAAUGACACACAUCUUCCAGGCUGCAGCAAAAUUAGUGUACAGUCACCCCUCGGUAUCUGCAGGGGUCUGCUCCAGGAGCCCCAGAGUCUUCAGAUGUUCCAGUCCCUUACAUACAGCAGCGUCCAUAGUAUUUGCAUAUAACCUGCGUAUACUCUAAAUCACCUAAUACAGUGUAAGUGCUGUGUAAAUAAUUGAAAUACAAUGUAAACGCUAUGUAAAUAGUUGGGAUUUUUACAAUAUUUUCUGUCUGUGGUUGGUUGAAUCCAUGGAUGUGGAAGCCCUGGAUGCAGAGGGCCGACUGUAUAGAGACUUUGCAAGUGAAGUAAACAGAUGUUAUCUUAAUUUAUACAAUGUGUUGCAAAAGUGGGAAAAAUUGUUUGGUCUCAAUGUCAUUAAUGAUUUCAUUGUACCAGGCUGAAUACUCUAGAUGUUAACCUCAUGGGCCAUUGCCAAAGUAAAGAGUAUUUACAGGGCACAAGUAGGUGUCACUACCUUAGCAGCCCUGCUGGAGUUUAACAUUGUAUCCCUUUUGCCUGUGCCUUAGACAGUCAACUGUUACACAGGUUGGAAAAACAGACACAGACAUGAAUGUGGAGUCUGGUUUCUUUGAGUGGCAUUGCUCCUCCUUGAACUGCUGGGUACAAUAAACUGCAGGUACAAGUGUGGGCAGCUGACGCAUCCUGGGGAAAUUCCCAAAGAUGGUGAGGGUUAAUCCUUACUGUUUUAAUACCUGGUACAGUUGUAAGCUGCAUAGAUCUCAUCAACUUAAGAAGUGGAAGUGGUGAGGGUUUUUUUGUUUUAAUCCACAAAACACUCAGUUUAGCAGGCUAGUCAAAAACAGCAUAAGAAAUAAUAACAUUUUAAAAAUUAGAGUAUUUUGCAUUAAUGAAUAUGAUUCUUACCUGAAAUUUUAGAAAAAUUAUAAUUAUGAACAAUCAUAAAUAGCUUAAGUAACUGUGCAGUAACAAUGAGUUAAAUGUCUUUACAAGGAAUAGGUAAAGCAUCGGUCUUAAAAUGUUUGCCUGAGACUAGAGAUGAAGACAAACUGAGUGAAAACAUCAGACGACACCUCUUUUGCAUUGAUCUCUUUUGUGAGAACAGCGUGAUAAUUUUAAAUGUCAUCAGAUUCAUGUUGAUUUUUAUUAUUUUAAAAUGUUUUAAAUAUUGCAUUUUAAAAAGUAAUCUUUUUACAGUUUUAUUGGAGCUGAACAUGAUUUUAUAUAAACCGAUUAAUUUUAUAUUGAAAGUUGGUACAAAAGUAUGAAUAGGAUACAUUAAAUAAAUGCAGAGUAAUAAAAAUAAAAACAAUAAAGUCAAAUCUGUGUUCUAGAUGAAGAUUCCUGAUUCCUUAAAAAUUCUUUUAAACUGAUCUUCAGUAUAGUUUUCUUAGAGAAGUUUAUUUAGUACGUGAGAAAGCCAGUUAAGUGCGAGUAAAUUAUUAUUAAUAACCAUGGUGUCUGCCGACUGCAGACGUGAUACACAUACAGAACUGAUGAGACUCGUAGGAGAGCCGCCGUCGGGGUGGUUUCGAGCUCCUGCAGACAGAGGACGCGCCGCCGCCGGACCCCCACCCCCCUACCCCCGCAGGCCUUGCUGUGCUGGCCGCGGGCCAGCUCCCUUCUCUGACUCCUGGUGCUGCGAAGUCCGCCUCCGCUGGUGGUCUGGAAGGAAGCAGGCAUCACUGGGACAAAUGACGCUGAGGUGGGGCUUACACAUGGAUUUAACCUUCAAGUGAGUUACUGACGCGUUAAGAAAGGACCCCUUUUGAACCGUCAGCGGGCUCCUGCCCACAUCAAACUUGUUGGAAGGUGGAGCGACUUCUUAAACACGUGCAGCGAGCCUCCCCCGCACCGCAGGUAGUCUCCACCCGCUCCCAGCGCCCGGGUGGAACGUGUGGUUUCCUGCUCUCAUCCUGGUGCCGAAAUGGGUUGCCAGCUGCAGCUCAUAUUCAGAGAUUCAAGAACUUCAUGAAUUCGUAACAAGACAACUCAUCUGCAGCUGUUGUCUGCUCUUAACGGGCCAGCAAUCCAGCCUGUAUUGAGUACUUUCUAGAAAAUGGUUUAUGGUUAAAGCCAGUGUUAACAGUUUUGCAUGGAAUGUUUUUAAAUUUAUGCUUCUUUUCAUAUUCAGUUUAUAAGAGGGUUUUCAGCUGCUUUCUAAGAG